AUGCCCACAUCGGCGCCGUCGCCCUUCUGGAUCAUCCAGGGAGAGAUCAUCGACGGGGGAUGGAGCGAUAUGACCGCGAGCGAUGCCUCUGAUACUCCAAAGUCAGCGUCACACAUGAACUUGCCUCAGAUACACUCCCCUUCGAGCUUGAUCUACCCGCUGGAAGAGCUGGACGACAACAAGAUUAUGCAAACCAUAGAAUCGUAUGGGAUUUUGGAAGGGCUCAUGUAUCCCAUUGUCGAUACGGCCGAUGUUAUGCGAAUAGCGGAAUGCUUCACGGACGCCCGGGCGCGUUACUCAAAUCAAAGGCCACCCGAGUUCCAGACCUUUGAAUUAUGCCAGAGUGAGCUGACCAUUCUAAAGCUGGUUUUAGCGACAGGGCUGCUUACAGAGGGCGAUAUGCACAAUACGAUGGCACUGAGGCUUUUCCAAAGCGUCCAUUCAGAGGUGGAAUCGAUGCUAUGGAGCGAUGCUGUGGACCUGAAAGAUUUGGUAUCGAUGACAUUGAUGGUGAUGGCCCCUUCUACAGAGAUCCAACCCUUGAGAAGACUGACUGGUGUCUGCCAGAGCAUUUUCUAUCUACGUCGUGGACUUUGGCGCCGCGGAUGGCGCUUCCUAGGAAACGUCACACGAAUCAUUCUAGAGCUCGGGUUGAAUCGAGAGAUUGUGCUCGUUCGCUCCUUCCCCGAUGCAUCAACUCGUUCCUGGGCCAUCAACACCAUCUGGACAGUUUACGUUCUUGAACGCCAGCUCAGCUACGGGCUGGGAGUAGCAAACGCUGCUCAAGAGCUCCAUCUCGAGCAAACAUUUCCCCGGCCUCUCGGGGCAGUCUUCUUGACAGCCAUGGUCGACUACGCACGGAUCGGAAAGCAAGCCACGGAUGAUCUCUUCUGUGACAGUAGAGACACCAGACCUCAACUUUUGCAUAAUUGGCAAGAAAAGUAUGCAUUUUUCCAAUACCAACUUGAACGAUGGACCCAAUACACCUAUAGCGACUUGGAACGCACCAAAGUCAAUGAGAAGGGGAAAGCAGCUCUCAAUUUGGUGCGCACAACCCUCUCCUUGCGAGCGAACCAUCUUCGAACCCUGAUUUCCCGGGCCUUUCUCUGCACAACUCUCCGCGACGCAGCGCCCGCAGAUAUUUGGGCCACCUCUGUGGACGUGGCCACAGACACAGUGCAAAUAGUGGCAGGGUUGGAUAAUUCUACAAAGGAAUACCGCUUCAACCAGGCCAUAUUCAACCAUUUCCUCAUCUCGGCUUUGGAUGUCCUGCUUUUCGCGACCACAGUCGGUUCUUCGAAACGCGGAAAUCCCUCUGCCAAUGGAAAGGAGAUCCUCAUGACGGAAGAAAUUCGUCUCAAAGCCCGUCAGAGCUCCUUGGUUUCGCUGCACCUCCUUCGUACUCUGGCCGAGACCACGCAUCACUCCAAAUAUCUCUGGGAACGCAUGCGAGGAGUGGCAGCUCAGCUGAAUUUGAGCAAUUAUUUGUUUACUACGGCGCCGACAUCACACAGCGCGUCCGGUGGAAAUGCAGGCCCAGAACUCCAAGGACAAGUUGCAGCAAGUGAGCCAGCCGACCAGGCAGGUACUGACAACUUCUCUUUAACGGUGGAGCAAGCAAAUAGCAUGAGCGUUGGCCAGACUGACACCAACACUGGAGGACUGAGACUCUCUCGUCCUGUCGAAGAUCACGCUGCCUGGGACUGGGCCGGAGACUUGCUCCUGUCAGAGUUUGAGUUUCUGUCAGAUAAUAGCUCACUUCGACUAUUCCCUUGA